GCCUUCCUCAAUUCCCUGAAUUAGAAUUCACACAAAUCACAAUCGGAGAGAAUACAACUUUACUUUAUUAUAACAAAUAUCUUUCACUGCGGACCGUGAACAUGACUUUUUAAUUCGUGUUUCGUGCUUGUACCAUGAAUUGUUUAAACAGCAUGGGGCAUUUCUAUUUUUUAGCCAAAUUGCCGGCGUAAGUGAUCAAUCAAUCAAGCUCAGAAGCCGACAACAUGUUCACCAAUACUUUUGUCCCAAAGUUCAGUUUUGUCUCGCAAAAGCUGCAUAUGACGAGACUCGGGAAUGUUUAAGAGUGCUAGGUAACGCUUUUAAAGUACUGCAACUGAUUAAGAAUGAUAAGAUUUCAUGGCAACAGAUCCGCUGGAACCAUCGAUCUCUUGGGUAGACUUAUAAAAGAAAUUCCCAUAUUCCUAACCGACAAGUGUUCGCGGAAAUAAAUCGUUUCUACUAGCGCUCCUUCCUCUGUAACGUGAAGGGUAGAAGCCUGUAGAUAUAAGAUAGAGUCAGUUCACGGGCAUAAGUUCUAGUAUGAUCUUUUGAACUUUUUUGCGCCCGAUAAUUAACCCUUUGGCCCUGUUCAUUUUCCUCAGCCAACUCACGCUUGCUCAGUUCAAAUAUUAUUGUUGUCAGUCUAGUGCUGUUGAUCAGAAAAACUCCACAAUAAGGAACACGGUCACGAAAUUUCAAGAGAUGCACCCCACAAAUGUAAACGGAAAAUACGAAGCUCAGUCGGAUCCAGGUGAAAACCGACAUUUGCACCUUGCAUGUCAUAUUGUAGCCGAUGACUAUCAAUAUUUCCGACCGCGAUUAUAUUUUUUUGUGAGGUGAACAUGAAGCUCUCCAAAGAUCGACGUAAAGGCGUGGGGUGUUAUCAGUUUUUUCCAAUCAAGCAUUUUCAGUGCUCUCGCGAAUCACAAAUUUCUUCACAGUCAGUUAGCACUCUUGAAAAUAGGUUAACGGGCUUAUUUUUGCCCUCGGAUAACCAAUCUAUGAGUUUCCUCCGAACUUUUAAAGAUCAGAUGAUCGACUACUAUUCCUUAUUACAGAGUUCCAGAGUCCAGUAAUCAUGUGACAGUAUCUCAAAGUCCAUGCCUAUGUCGAGCGGCGACUUCAGGUGAGACUCAUCCUAGUCGCCGCAGGGUUACCAUAACCAGUCGGACUAUCGCGCACACAUGGACUGAUAACCGGUUAUUUUGAGCCCGGUUCUGAUAUCUAGGACUAUUUUAACACUUAACAGCUUCCGGGAAACAAGGUAAACUUGCACUUUGUGUGAUCGCAGUUAUCUCCUCGAGCACUCUGGAAAGGUAUUGAAAAUGUCGUCCAGUCGAUAAAGAAAAAAAUGUCAUGCAUUCUUGUGUCCAAGAACACGAGCAGAUACCGACAUGUGAGGAUUUUCUCGUUCUUUCUAAGACAUCAUAUCAAGACUGUUUGACACACAUGGGGCACAAAAUGAACAAGUGUUGCAGGAUCCGGUAUCUUCUUCUGCUGGCAUCUUUAACUGGAUUCAUGAAUCUUGUUUACCUAACGUUCCUCGCCGACCUGAGGGAUACUCUCGAGCUUUACACAAUGCAACGUUCUUCGUCAAGCGUCCUUCGAAGACAGAUAGCAAGCAUCCAGAUAGACGCGGAUAUCAAAGCUGCCACGGGACCAAGUUUAAGCUACCUGGAACUACUGAAUUUAGAUUUGAAAGAGCUGGUUCAAAGAUACAUGGCAUCUUCACAAACUAUUGCUAAACAGUAUGAACUCAACAACUUGCAAGAGGAACCGCAGGAAGAACAAAUACUUGUAAAUCACUUUCAUCUUUCCCGUUGCCUUCCGGUUCCAUUUCUCUUAAUCAUGGUUCACUCAAAUCCUGUUAACUUCAUGGAUAGAGAAUCCAUACGUUUGUCGUGGGGUCGAGAAGAUAAUCCAGUAAAUCAGGGCAGUUGGACAAGUUCUGAGAGAUCUUGGAAAACAGUUUUCUUGGUUGGGAAAACGAAUAGUUCCAAGCUGAACAAUCUGCUGAGGCAAGAAGCUCAAGUUUACAAGGACAUUGUCAUAGGAGAUUUUCUUGACACAUACCGUAACCUGUCUUUAAAGACUUUACUAGGUCUUCAGUGGACCUCACGUUAUUGCAAACCUAAGUAUAUUCUCAAGACAGACGAUGACUGCUACGUGAACGUUCUAUCGCUUGUUCAGUGGCUACAAGAAUAUCACGUGACCAAUGGAUCAAGGCCGCUAUACGCGGGUAAUAUUCAGAGGGACAUGGAAGUUGUGAGAGAUAAAACUAAUCGUUAUUACGUAUCGGUGAUGGACGUCAGUAGACACAAGUACCCACCAUAUGCCUCAGGUGGGGGUUACGUGUUCAGCGCAAAUCUCUUGCCCAGACUUCUCAUCGCGUCUCAGGAGGUUCCUAUCAUACCAGUUGAAGAUGCUUGUUUUGGGCUCUAUAUGCAGCACAUCGGUAUCAAACCACUCCAUAACAAUAAAAUUUUGCCGUAUGUCUUCUGUGAUGGCAAGGAGAACAGUUUGAAUGAGAGACCAUUAUGUCAUUUACGCGAUCCGCUUGUGUUACAUGGCAUCAGGGACAUUCUUCAGAUACAGACUCAUUAUAACGUCUUGUUAAUGACGUUUCUUCCAACAAUCUGCUCGUACGUAGAUAAUCAGUCAUUUAGCAGAAACUUUCAACAAUCGUGUUAACUUGUAGAUAAUGUACAAACUAUAAGGAAUUAAAUUAUUGUCAUCUACGUUUCAUGCGAAAAUUUGUAAUAAAAUUAUAAUUCAAAACGUCUCAACAACAAUUAAAUUAUUAAUAAAAUUGAUUGAAGACUUGUUAACAUCCGCGAGACACGAGCACAUCCCAAAUACAAUCCGGCCAAGGUGUCCACAGCUUUGCGAAUGACCCCUGACACGACAUGCGCUACUACGAUCAAUAUGUGUUUUCUCGUUCUCUCACGACUCCGAUUUCAAGUCUAACUAUUUGUUUAUUUAUAUUUUUCUGCUUUAGUAUUCUUUUUAAAAAAAUUACAUUGAUGGUACAUCACAGUUCCUCCUUGAUCAUGUUCUUCGCGAAGCUAAG